CCUCCCAAAGGCAAGGUUUCAUGUUCAAACUCUUUUCCGUCUGCAACCACCAGAAUGGGAUGUGAGGCGCCCACCUCCCGCGAGGACUUUGAAAUCGGCAUUGUCUGCGCGCUGCCUCUCGAGUUCGACGCCGCCGUGGCUGCUCUGGAUGAAGUCUGGGGCGACGAUAUCCGGUCGGUAUUGGGCAGAGCGCCGGGAGACCGCAACACCUACCCGACCAUGGGCAAGGCCAACGCCGCCAUCGUGGCAAGCGACCUUCGUCACAGCUACCCGGGCCUGUGCCUCGCCCUGCUUGUGGGCAUCUGCGGCGGCAUCCCCAAGGCGGAUGGUAGGGAAGUGCUGCUCGGCGACGUCGUCAUCAGCAGCUCGGUUGUCCAGUAUGAUUUUGGGAGACAGUACCCCGACGGUUUCCGCAGGAAGGACGGGCCCCAGAACAGCCUUGCCGCACCCUUGGAGGAGAACGCGAGCAUCCUUUCGAUCCUGGACACGGACUACGGGAGAGACUCGUUGCGAGAGAAGAUGGCGUCUUUCCUCAAGAUGGUGCAGCAACAGCGCCCCAAGUAUCUCAUUCCCAACCCGGCUUCCGACAAGCUCUACCAGUCCACAUACCGCCACAAACAUCAGACUUCUCAUAACUGCGAGUGUCUUCACCACGACAAGGAGUCGGAUCCUGUUUGUGAGGAAGCCAUGGAAAGCUCGUGUCAGACGUUGGGAUGUGACGACAGCUACUUGGUCAAGAGAAGCCGCUUGGAAGAACGCCUGGUAGCGGUUGCUACUGCUGACGCAGACCCGGACGCUGCCGUGCUCCAGCCAGCCAUUCAUGUGGGCAAAGUAGCCACGGGUGACACGGUCAUGAAGUCAGGGGUUGGCCGUGAUCGCAUCGCCCACAGGGAGGGCAUCAUUGCCUUUGAAAUGGAGGCUGCGGGCAUUUGGGAGCAACUGCCGUGCCUGGUCGUCAAGGGGGUGUGUGACUACGCCGACAGCCACAAGAACAAGGCCUGGCAGGACUAUGCGGCAGCAACCGCGGCGGCAGCGGCCAAGGGCAUUGCCAUGUUGCACACGCCAGCCGACAAGUCGAGGUUCAGGGACAAUAACCCCUUCCGGCCCGAAUCCAUCUUGCCCUUCACGCCGGACCCUGAGUUUGUUGGACGGCCGGCCAUCUCGGCCUGGCUGAGUGAAAUGUCACAGCGGCGGGGGGAAAGGGUUGCGCUGGUCGGCCUCGGUGGCAUCGGGAAAUCCCAACUCGCCAUCCAGUUUGCGCAUGGAGUCCGCAACAAGUCUCACGUCUUCUGGAUCAACGCGACCACGUGGAGCACUCUCGAGACAUCGUGCCAUACCAUAGCCGACCGGCUGGGCUUGAAAUCACAAAGCCUUCCAAAGUCCGAUUCGGAGGAUGACAUUGUUGGCCGGGUCGGUGACUGGCUUGGCCGUGAGGAGAACGGGCGCUGGACUGUCAUCAUAGACAACCUCGACGACGCCUCGAUACUACCGGACGACGACCCGCAUCUCACAAAACUGCUGCCGCAGACAAGCAACGGCUUUGUCCUAGUCACGUCCUGGUCAACGGCGGCGGCCGAGCAGUUGACUGGGAGCGGUCCCCAGAACAUAUAUGCGGUUCCACCCAUGGGCGAGGAGGAGGCCUUGCAGCUUUUCCGAGGAAAGCUUAGGAACGGGGCGGCCUGCCCAGAAGAGGAUGGACGGGAGGUGGUCCGCCUGCUCGACUAUAUGCCACUGGCCAUCUCGCAGGCGGCAGCCUACAUCAACCGCCGCGCCCCGCGAGUGACGGUGCGCGAUUACAACGACAUGCUUCGCAACCACGACAAGAAGGGAACGUUGCUCGGUGCCGAGUACCAAGAGCUCCGGCGCUACGGGGUCGCCUCCAACUCGAUUCUGACCACCUGGAUGGUCACGUUCGACCAGCUGCAGCGCGAGCGGCCAACGGCCGCCGACCUCCUGUCCUUGAUGACCUUCUUCAGCCCCCAGUCCAUCCCGGAGUGGGUGCUCAAGUCGCUGUACGACCGCAAUGCUCGCAAGCUGCCCCCGUCCAAGGUCAGGGACACGGUGCCUCCUUCCAUGGCGGCACUGCUCUCGUCCUUCAACUCAGGGCGGCGGUAUUUGAAUCGUAACCUAGACGUCGACUUGAACUCGCGCGUCUGGGACGAGUGGAUCGAGUCGGAUCUCGGUCCCGCCAAGGGCGGUGAGCAGCAAAAGGCAGACCAGGCAAAGCAGCAUGCAUCCAAGGGCCGGUGGAGGGCCCGCUUGUCGUCCAAGGCCAAGGACUUGUUCUCGUCAUCCAAGAAGAGCAUAGGCGGCACCACGAUCAGCGAGGAACACUUGCCUGGCCGUACCCCCGACGCAGGCGACGCGGAUGAUUCCGACAGCGGUGCCGGCCCCGACGAGAGACUGGAGCGCGACCUCGAGACCCUGCUGGGGUACUCGCUCGUGACCCCGAGCGUCAUCGACGGCGUCCUCAAGAUGCACCCGCUGGUGCGCUACUGCACCGAGACGUGGCUCGCGCGGACGGGGAGGCUGGCCAAAUGGAAGAAGCGCUUCCUGCUGAUCAUGGCCGCCAACGCGCCCAACGUCUCCAAACAGGGCGACCGGUGGACGCCCCAGGCUGACCUCACCAUCCAUCUCGAGCCGCUCCUGCGGGACGAGCCGCCGCCCGACGACGGGCCGACGGCCAUGCUCUGGGUCAUCCUCUCCAUCUACCUCUAUUACCGGUGGCGCGACGACAAAUCCGAAGAGGCCGCGGCGAAUCUACUCGACAAGAUGACUACCGUGUCCAACAACGUCUUGGGGCCAGGCGACAGACUGACGCUCGCCUGCCUGAACCUCCGCGCCCGACGGCUUUCGGAACAAGAGAGAUACGCUGAAGCAGAAGUCGUGUGUCUGGACAUUCUCGAGCGGGCCGAGAAGGUUGGCGACGUCGUCUGCCACAUCGUCAUGGAGUCGCAGGUGCACUACGCCAGCAUCCUGCGGGCGCAGGGACGUUUCGACGAGGCCGAGGAGGUGACGCGGGCCGUCGUCGAGCAGCGGAUACGCCUGGACGGGGAGCGAGGCGACGAAACGCUGUGGAGCAUGGGCAACCACGUGGCGGCCAUGGUGCAGGUGGGCAAGUUCCGCGAGGCGAGCGACAUCGCCGUCAAGCUGCUUGAGGAAGACUGGGCCGGUAGGGACCGCCACGUCUACAAGGGCACCAUUACUGUCGUCGGUCAGGCCGUGCUGGAAGCGGCGCAAACGGGGAAAGGGGACGAGGUCGAGGCUUUUGUGCGCCGGGCGCUGCGGGCUGCCGAGAAACACCCAGAUACCUGCCGCUGGUUUGCAUACACGGUAUACGGGCCGUUUCAUCUCGGUCUCUGGGUGUGGCUCUACAGGCACGACAGGGACGACGAGGCCUGGGCCGCCAUGGACAGGGGCAUCGAGCACAUGGCCAGCGUAUUUGCCCUUCCGCGGCUGCAUCCGCCAGAGCUCCCCGAGAGGCUGUUGGCGGCAAAGGAGGACGACAAGGACACAAGACAGCGCUUGCUGCGGCAGAUCAUUGGGAACCUGACCCUUGCGGUGGACGAUGGGAGGUCCAGGGAGGUGUUCUACUGGGAACUGGCCAAUAUUGCCCGACGCCUGUACAUGCAGGGCCGCUACGACGAAGGCUCUAUGCUGCUUGAAGCCAUGGAUCGCCAUUUCAAAGAGGCGUAUGGGGAGAAGCACGAACUGACCAGGUCGGCCGCGGGCCUAGGCCGCGAGCUGGAACGGUAUCGUGACCGUCGGUCCAAGGAGAAAUCUGAAGACAAGGGAAACAGCGCGCUGUCUAGUUCCAUGCCGGGGUCAUGA